AACAGAGGCGUCCCAUGCACAGAGCAGUAAACAACGAACAGCGCUUAGUGCCACAUCACGGAAUCUUAUCGCUCUCGUUCGACCAAAAACCAAACUGAAAGCCGACCAGCCCGAGACCAGAAACCCGGACCCCCGAGCAAAUACGAAGCUAACUCGGCUGCAGAACAAACAAGUCAUCUAGUAGCGUGCUGCAGCAACAACAACAACAACACAAACAACAACAAGAAGAGCAACAACAACUACAGCAACACAAUUCGAGACAUAUAGUACCAGCGGACCAGGUGAACCAGCUUCAAAGGAGUCACACACACGCGCACACCCACGUGCUAUCUCUUUCUGACGCAUGAUCUUUGGGGCCAUUCAACAACAAAAGCGCAGUUGACUGAGCGAAAAAGCUGCUGCGCAGUUUGGGGAAAAAUAAGAAAGAGAGGACAAGGAGAAAGGAGGAGCAAAUAAAUAGUAAACGUUCAGUUAAAAAUACUAUCUAAAUGGCAGCUAUUGCGGCAUUACCAACGGCGACGCUGCGCCGCAACAAUAACAACAAAGGGAUCAAAUCUCGUCGCAAUGAACGUAACAUCUUAACUUUCUACGAGAAGAUUGCGGUGAUUCGAUACUAUGAGGAAACCAAUAUCUCCAGAAACAGCCUGGCCAAGAUGUUCCACUGCUGUGCCACACAAAUACGACGCAUCCUGGACAAGAAAAAGGACCUGCUCCAACAGUUGGCCAGCUUGAGCGAAGCGGAUGCCUCUAUUAUAAUCGAGGAGAUGACGCGCAAGCGCCGAAAGUUCGAAAUGAGUGCCAUUAGUUUCCUACUUCACGAAUGGGUAGAAAGAUGCAACAAACUCCACUUGAACAUAAGCAUAAAGAACCAAAAACUAAAGGAAACUGCCCUGAGGAUGGCUGCGGUCUUAAACCUGCCUUCCUUCAGACCCUCCUAUCGCUGGCUAAACCGGUUUCGUGGAAAGUACAAGUACGAAGCGGACGAGUUGGGCUACCAAGGCGACAGUCCUUUGAAUCAGGAUCUCCCUGUAGAAGAUAUAAUUGUUGAAUUCAAGCAUGCCCUGCCCAACUUCAUGCAAAAGGAACUGGCUAAUCCAACUGAAGGCGCUAACAAAGAUCUGCUCAAAGCCGACUUUGUUAAUCUCUCUAGUGAGAAUAGUCUGAUGUCCGAUCACCUUGAGGAUAACGAUGAAGUGGAACUGGUCACCUGUGAGCCUACAAUGAUACCUUCACUAGCCAGCACUCCAGAAAAGGAAGCAGAAGUGGUGGAUCUCUCACCACAACCGGAGAGCUUGGAUGACCAGAUGAAUGCAGGCACCACCACUCUGCUGAAUGGAGUGUUCCCCCACCUGGCCAUUAUUCAUCAGUUCGCCUUGAUGAACUCUGACGUUCAGGCUCUGGAACUGAUUUCCCAGCUGGGUGUGCAUAUGCAACAGCAGGCUGUUUCCGGAGCUUAUCACACCCUCUCGCUGGCGAGCGGAGAUGGUCAAACGGAUCCGGUAACUAGCUCUCUUUCGGAUUUGCCAGGCAGCAUCUUAGCGGACAUCGAUGACAUCGAGUUAAUCGAGUAAAAGUCUUUAAAUACUUACAUAAACUAAGCUAGCCUAUACUUCAAUGCCAUAUUAUAGUCCUACAUAAUUUAUGAAACAAGAACAAAGUUUUACUGAAAUUCAUAAAGAAUCUUUCAUUUUCACUUUCUAAAUCAUUAAUAUAAAAUCGGAUUAAAUCAAAAUUGAUUUCUGUUAUGUAUAAAAGUACUUAAUAAAAUCCUAUAAUUCAGCAAAGCUAUUAACUGGCUUUUUAGUUGAAGCACAUUUUAAUGAGAGCAUACUUUUUAAUUAGAAUUUAAGGUUGAUCAUUCUAAUGAUUACCGUUUUUUCGAUCAAAAAAGUUAAAUAUAUAUUCAAAAUGUA